AUGGCGCUGUUGCUCAAGCAGCGGGAGCACGCACAGUUUAAGUCCAGACAGAACUCAGCGGAUACAGACGCACUGCAGCUGCGCUCCGCUACUGACACCGAGACUGACGGGACUGACGGGACUGAGGAGCUCCGGGCCAGAGCCGCAGGGGACGCUGCUCUGGACCAGCUCCAGACCACACCCAGGGACCAUGGACCUUCUGUAGACCAGCUCCAGACCACACCCAGGUCUAGACCUCUGUCCAGUAUGUCCUGGUCUGUCCUCCCGCUGCUCCUGUUCUGGGUCCCAGCCGCUCCUCGCCCCCCCGCCCCCCUGCCCUCCUGCACUGUGACCCAGACAGAGGUGUUCUGCCGGGACCUGUCCCUCCGGACCGUUCCGCAGAACCUCCCCGAGGGCAUCCACACCUUAGACCUGUCCCACAACCAGCUCCAGAACCUCAGCUUGGAAACCCUCGCCUUUGCCCACAGUCUACACCGCCUCAACCUCCGCGGGAACAAGAUCCAUUUCAUCCAGCCCGGUCUAUUCGCCGCCAUGACCCAGCUCAAAGUCCUGGACCUGUCCCGCAAUCACCUCAGCGCCUUCGCUGUGCACAGAACCCAAGUCGGACCGCUGAGGUCUGUAGAGUCUCUGGAUCUGUCGAGUAACGGACUCUACACGGACAUGACCGCUUAUUUCCUGAGCGAUUCUCCGGUGUUGCUCAAUCUGUCUCUCAGUGGAAACAGCCUCACCAAGAUCUCCGGCGACGCCUUCAGGGGAUCCCGACUGCUGCGGAAAGUCAACCUUCACAACAACGUGAUCAUGGAGAUUGAGGAUGGCGCGUUCGACUCGCUGGACCACCUCGCGGAUCUCGACCUGUCCAAGAACUCCAUCAACUGCAUCACAGACUUCAACCUCUACAACUUGAAGAGCCUCAACCUGAGCCAGAACAGCCUGGAGCUGUUCCAAAGCACACCGUCUGACGAGAUCUCCAAACUGGUUUCCCUGGACUUGAGCCAAAACAAACUUCCACUUCUGCCUCUUAUUCCCAGGAAGAACAAGCUGGAAUACCUGGACGUGUCUCGAAAUCAAAUUCAAGGCGUCAACGUCACGGGGAGCUACCCCGGACAGAUAUUUUUCCUUUGCACGUGUCUCGUCCAACCUCCCAGUUCCACAAAGCAUUACAACUGUUUCCACCACUUACGAUUCCUCGACAUGAGCUACAACAACUUCCAAACCUUACCCGAGUCUCUUUUCUACACCAUGCUUUCGCUCGAGGCCCUGAACGCUAGCAACAACUGCAUAACGUCUUUCAUUCUCACUUCUGAUCUUCUGCCCAAAGUUCGCACCCUGGACUUGAGCGACAACUCACUGCAAACAUUUGAGAUCACUGAGAAAAGUCUGCCAUUGCUUGAGGAGCUGUAUCUGAAUGGGAACAUUCUCAGCACCUUGGACUUCCAGACCUUCCAAACUCUUCCUAAUCUUCGGCGAUUACAUCUCCAGCAGAACGCCAUCCGGAUAUGUCCGCACAGCUUUGCCGAUGCAGCACCUUGCGUCUCAUUUAAGUCCAACCCCAAUUUAGAAUAUCUCAACCUCUCUGAGACCCACCUUGAGACAGUUCCAGCCCUCGCUUUCAGGAACACGUCUCUCAAACAUCUAGAUCUUUCCCUCAACCCCGGCUUGGCCUUGCAUUACAACUCCUUCUCGGGACUAGAACACACUUUGGUGCGUCUCUUCUUGAAGGAAAACAACAUAACUGUUAUAAAGUCAGACUUGGCUUUGCUUACGAGUUUGAAGUACGUGGAUCUUUCUACCAACCAACUCACCGCCCUCCCCACGUGGAACCGAGAGUCCUCCAUUGAGUCCUUAAACUUGCAGAACAACAACCUGGUGACUCUAGACUACAGCACGGUUCUGGCGCUGGAACAUUCGCUGAAGACGCUGUACGUGGGAUCCAACCCGCUCAGCUGCUGCUCCAACCUGCCCUUCCUACAGAUGCUCCAGAGGUCGGCCGUGGUGGUGCCGGACAUGGAUGCCGUCACCUGCGUCUACCUGGAGGACUCUGAGCCGGUGAACAUGGAGAAGGUGACCCAGGAGAUGUGCGAGAACCUGCAGAACGGCAGCGUGAACGUGGUCAUGAUGGCGGUAGCGGCGCUGGUGCUGAUCGUGGCCCUCGUGCUCCUCGUAAAGUGCUGUCAGUCCAGGAAGAACAAGAGUCGGAGUCGGAGUUGGAGUUACAGGGCGUAG